AAAGUUCCCCGCUAUAUAAACUUCGCGCACCGCGGUCCCGGCAAUAGUGCUCCGAUUUUUGUGGACUUUAGUUUGUUAGUUGAUUUUAGCGGGUGUCACCUUUUUUCAGUGUCAUGGCAUUAGCUCAGGUUAUCUGUUUAGCGGCCCUUGUCGCCGUCUGCAAGGCCGGGUACUUGGGAGGCUACGCCGCCCCAUCCUACGCCUACAGCGGCUACCCCGCUCACUACGAGUCCCCCUACUACGCCGCCCCCGCCGUCGUAGCCCACGCCCCCGCCUACACCUACGCUCACGGAUACGCCAAGGCACCUGCAGUCGACUACUACGCUCACCCGAAAUACACCUUCAACUACGGCGUGAAGGACUACCACACUGGUGACGUCAAGGACCAAUGGGAAUCCCGUGAUGGAGACGUAGUCAAGGGUGAAUACUCCCUGGUCGAGCCCGACGGCACGACGAGGAAAGUGACCUACACCGCCGAUGACCACAACGGAUUCAACGCAGUAGUCCACAAAACUGGUCACGCCGUCCACCCCGCCGUCGUCAAGCCGGUCGUACCCGUUGUCCACGGAUACCCCCACUACUAAACCAACCCCUUCUACCCCCCAACUUUUCCCAACUGAAGCACAGCAUGUACUUUAUCAUGUUGCCAAAUCCAUACUUUUUCUGUAAAUCCACGCUUGCUGACUCAAAAAGAAGAGCUUGCGGUUUUAUCGACAGUAAACAUGCUGUAACAGAUAAAUAUACAUACUGUGCUUCGGCUUGGGAUAGCGGUGCCAUGGUGCCCGCCUCACUCGCAGGACACCCAACAUACUGCCAAUAAAGAUAAAACACUCGUUAUACAGGUACUGGUUAGAGGCGAACGAGAGGGGGUGAUUUUCUGGAAUCAUGUGAUAAAUAAUAUGACAUCCAAGCAAAAUUUGAUAAAAUUUUUACAACGAUUAUAUUUGUCUUUUACAAACAGGUUUACAAUUUCCACAUUUUAGGAAUUCUAGUUACAUGAAUCAAAAAUAAAAUGUCAUACAGAUUCCUUCUAGCCUCUCUCUCUCGUCCAUCUCUGAUCGGGCCACGCCAAUUAAGAGGCGAGAAACAACGCAUUUCAUCGGGGAUUAUUUCUCGGUAGGCAAAAUGAAAUUCGAUGGAUUAUUUUUCUCCAUUUAAUUUCAUUGUCACCUCCUACCCAGGAACUUUUCUCGUCGUUGGAAAAAUCAUGCAGGUCCUCCGGCAGCUCUCUAGUUACCACCCUCUCGUUUCACGGUUAUGAUGAUACCUCAUUGUAGUCCCUCUGCCCAUAAUUCCCCUAAAUCUACACUGCCAUUUUUAUCCUGGUUUUUUACUGCCAAAUACCGUGAAACAGUGGGGUCCAUUUUGAUUUGCCCUUGGGACCGCGAUACGUUGUGUGGACAAAGGAGAUCAACUUUACGGUUUCCUCACCAGCCAAGGUCCGUAGUUGAUUCCCUGAGUAGGUAAUUCACAAAAGCGAUAAAAUAUUUGCCGUUUCCCAGACAAAGAUCCCUUUCGGUUGCACUCAAUUAUUUCAUUUUAGCUUUUUCUAAAGUUGACCUAAUUGGUGUGACUAAAAUGUACCUGUAAAAUUGUAAAUAUUUAAGAAAGUCUCAUUGCUGGUAUUCCUGUACCCGUUAGUUCCGUUUCACGCCACCUGAACUCUAGCUAGAAUUAUAAUAUUUAUUUGUUGCCUCACUAGAUGGGUAGAUUUCAAUAUUUGUAAUUUUAAUAUUUCUACCUAUAGUUUUGAGGAGAGCAGUAAAUAAUUGAUUCUAGUUUAAUCUACUGUGCUCUAUUAGUUCAUUAGUACGCGAUUCUGCAAAAGAAAUACCUGCUUACAAUCAUAUUCAUCAUCGAGAGGAACAAAUAUUUUCUUGCUUUUGUGAAGCCGCGAGAAAUUUAGAAGUAAGUUAUUUCCACUAGAUCUCAUUUCGAAUAUGGCGCAAUUUUCCCCCAAAGGUAGAAUAAUGCCUUUGGGAAUUUGGGAAAUGCACCAGUAAGACGAAAAGCAAAUACAAGUGAAACGAAAUGACAGCAUGCAUUUAAACUUGACGAGUGUAAAAUGUAUCGAUAUUCAUGUAAAAUUCUUCAUUAUUGGAAAAACCGUAAAAAGAGAAAAUAAUGAAAUUAAUAAAUUGUGUAUAUUUUUAA